CACAGCUAGCGACACACGCCAGCUCUCACGUACUUUGCGUGUUCACCCCAGGCACACUGGCUCGCCCCCAUGCUGCAACUCAAGCUAGCCUGCACGCUGCACCGUCGUCGUCCAUGCUGCUCUCUCCUCGCGUAUAAGAACAGGGGCGCUGCUGGGCCGGGCGUUUGCAAUUUUGCAAAGCGAGAAUUCCACACAGGUUACACCAGUAUAUACGCAUCUUGCUAAACCGACUACUGAUCGAGAUCGCUAUGGCGGAGGAGGCGGCUAGCAAGGCAGCGCCGACCGAUGCGCUGUCGUCCGUGGCGGCGGAGGCGCCGGUGACGAGAGAACGGCCGGUCCGAGCGGACUUGGAAGUGCAGAUUCCGAAGCCCUAUUUGGCCCGAGCUCUGGUUGCUCCGGACGUGUACCAUCCUGAAGGAACCGAGGGGCGUGACCACCGGCAGAUGAGUGUGCUGCAGCAGCAUGUGGCUUUCUUCGACCUGGAUGGCGACGGUAUCGUUUAUCCAUGGGAAACUUAUGGAGGACUACGGGAAUUGGGCUUCAACGUGAUUGUUUCGUUCUUUUUGGCGAUAGCCAUAAACGUUGGUCUAAGCUACCCAACUCUGCCAAGCUGGAUACCAUCUCUCCUGUUCCCUAUACACAUAAAAAACAUCCACAGGGCUAAGCACGGCAGCGAUAGCUCGACGUACGACAACGAGGGAAGGUUUAUGCCGGUCAAUUUCGAGAGCAUCUUCAGCAAGAACGCCCGCACGGCGCCGGACAAGCUCACGUUCGGCGAUAUCUGGCGGAUGACCGAAGGCCAAAGGGUGGCGCUCGACUUGCUUGGGAGGAUCGCGAGUAAGGGGGAGUGGAUAUUGCUCUACGUGCUUGCGAAAGAUGAGGAAGGAUUCCUCAGGAAGGAGGCUGUUCGCCGCUGCUUCGAUGGGAGCCUAUUCGAGUCGAUUGCCCAGCAGAGAAGGGAGGCACAUGAGAAGCAGAAGUAGCCUCCUAAUUUCAUCGUCCCGGGACCUGGGAUGUGCUUGAUUGCUUGUGUGUGUUGUUGUGUGGACUAUAGCUAUAGCCACAUCAUGUUUGUCCAUCUGAAAAAACAAUGGAAAUAAGGUUUACCGGUUGGAACAUACAUUAUGUACUAUCCAUGUGAUUAUUGAAAUGUGUCUGUAACCUGAAAGUGUGAUUGACAUAUAAAAUUCUGUGAUUGAAGUAAAGGUAAGCAUUACUAAAUGUGUA